AGACAGGGUGGGGUGGCGAGUUUUUGUCUUCUAGCAGAUGAUUAUUACGUGAUGUUCUCAGUCAUUAACAGACAUUUCCAGAUUGCUGAAGAGUUGCAGAAGGCCAGAAAUCAGAAACCUCCUGAACUUCAUAGAGCUACCAUCGACUACGACCUAGAAAAGUAUUGGAACCAUCCGUCCAUCACACCAUUGGUGCACCAUUAUCUCUUCCCUUGAAAUAUGGUACACUUCUACAACCAGUGGUCAGGGAUGAUGAUGAUGAUAUCUACAUCAAAAUUACAACAGUUUUGCCUGAUAGUCACUUGCUGGCUUGCGGGACUCUUCUCUUGCUUGGUGUUUGUUCAGUAUUCCUCAUUUACUUGUGAACCGGAACCCAUUCCUUAUUAUCGAUCUUACAAUAAUGUAAACACCCUUAAUCCCACUCCAGAUCAACAGGAGGAAAAACCCAUCCUGCUGCUGUGGAUGUGGCCUAUGGAAAAGCGGUGGGACUUUAAAGACUGUAAAGCCAUGUACAACAUUGACGGCUGCCAAUUGACCGAUGACAAAAACCUCUAUAACCAAUCAGACGCAGUCCUCGUUUUCCACAAAGGUAUCAAAAGGGACCUGUCCAACCUUCCGCCGUCUCCUCGGCCUCCAUUUCAAAAAUGGAUCUGGCUUCACGUCGAAUCCCCGACCAACACGGCGAGGAUUCCCGGUUUGGAGAAGCUUUUCAACCUCACACUGAGCUACAGACAGGAUGCCGACAUUUCUGUGAGGUAUGACCUCACGGUCAGCAAGAAGCCAAACGAAGACUUUGUGAUCCCAAAGAAGGACAAGCUCCUGUGUUGGUUCGUGUCCAACAUGGCCCUCUAUAGUGGAGUAGGGACCAGGCUGAAGUACUACGACGAGUUAAAGAAGCACAUCAAUGUGACUAUUUUUGGAGGAAUGGUUGGCAAACGCUUGAAAGAUGAAGACUACUACUCCACGAUGGCUAGCUGUAAGUUCUACCUCUCUUUUGAGAACUCCAUCCACAUAGACUACAUCACAGAGAAAAUAAAUGGUCCUCUUUCAGUUGGGACAGUUCCGGUUGUCUUGGGGCCACCGAGAGAAAAUUACGAUCAGUUUACUCCGAGUAAUGCCUUCAUUCACAUCAGUGACUUCCCUGAUGCUGCAUCACUGGCUAAAUAUCUGCUUCAGCUGGACAAAGACGAUGAAGCGUACAAGCGCUAUUUUGACUGGAGAAAACACGUAACAGCGACACCGCAUCUAAUCUUUCCUUAUCAAGAGUUCAUCAUAUACAUCUGUCAUGCCUGUGAAUAUAUUGGAAGGUACAAAGACUAUAGAGCUGCAAAAGACCUCUACAAGUGGUGGUUUUCAUAUUAGGUUUUCAUCUUAGGGACUGGGCUUAGGUUUCUUUAUAAACUGGUUUAUUCCCGAUAACAUGCUCAAAAUAAUUCCUGAUAACGUACAUCCUCAUGAUAGCAAGCGAGUGACUAUUCAUUACAGUGCAUUACAAUAGAAAUAAAACAUAAAUGUCAGUACUGUGUGCAUUAAGUGAAAAGAAUAUUACAUUAUUCUUCAUUAUAGACUAUUUAUUUUUUAGCUUUUAAAACACAGUUUAAACUAAUGCUAUUCAUUAAUACAUAUGAUGGUGAGUAAAAUUUUUUCUUACACUUUUUAUUUCCAAAUAAUUUUUAGACUUUUUUUUACUCAAUGCACUUAAUGACAUUUUUUUAUUCAUAUUUUCUAAAUGUAAAAAAAGAAAAGAAGAAUCAUUAUUCAUAGAUAUUACAAUGACAUAAUAAUUAUGCAUUACUUUAAACAUGAAGAUGCUGAUGAUUUCCAUUUGUAGCACAGCACAAAUGAUCACAUCUUCUUUCAUAAGACAAUGUCGGUCUACACCGAGGUGGUGGAAUAUAACUUAAAAUAAGUUAUUGCCUCUCUCUGAAAUUUUUUACUUAGAUGUUAUUUUUUUCCUGAUUGUUUGAAAAAAAAGAAAAAAAAAUGGUUUGAAGAGAGUUUUAGACUUCUGGUAUCCUUUGAGUGUGCUGACGAACCAGCAUUGAUGUAUUCGCUAACAGUGACGUUAAAGCACUUUUAUAUGUCACUUUGGACGAGUGCAUUUGCCAAUCGGUGUAAAGUUAUAUAAAAAUUCAGAUCUUUAUCAGCAGAAAAAUGCACAGAACAUUAAGUGAUUUGAUUUGGAUAUGGUUUAUUUGAUUUGUCGGCUCAAGUGGCUAACCCAAGAUAAAAGCUGUAGUAA